AUGGUAUCCUUGCGACUUUAUAUCCGAGCCCGGAUGUUAAGGAACACUGGACUCGACGAUUAUACUAUUGUGGCAGCAAUGAUCAUGGUCUCCAGCUAUACAGUUCUCACCACGGUGAAUGUCGUUUUGGGCUACGGGAGCCAUACCUCUGCGUUGAUGGGAAAAGGCGGCAUGGAUUUGGUCGAACACAUUCUAGUUAUUAAUUAUGCAGACCUCACACUAGAGAUUAUGUCUUUCACAACUCCGAAACUCGCCGUCGCUGCUCUCCUGCAUCGUAUCAUGAAUCCCAGCCGCUUGCACCGAAUAUGGUUAUGGAUAUUGACGGGCUUCGUGUUCGUGGCAUCGACCAUCUGCAUCAUCGUUCUCUUCACCAUGCGUGAUCCUCCCCAGGCUCUAUGGAACAUUCAUCUCAUGAGGGAAGGGGCAACAUGCGUCCGACCAAGAUCCUGGUGGGCUAUGCAAUCUUCACUGGAGGUACGUUGUUCUUUCCGCGUGGUCGAUCUAUAUCUUGCAAUCUAUCCGACUGUGGUGUUGCUACAACUUCAAAUGUCGGUUAAGAAAAAAAUUGGCCCUGUGCGCGGCUUUGGGCUUGGGCGCUGUAGCCUGUGCAAUGGCUAUUGUCAAGUUGCUACAGCUACCGGUCUAUAUAAUACGGAACAUGUAAGUUCUUUUUGUGCACAAAGUGAGAUAAACAGAUGCAACAGCAGAUCUUGUUAUCUGGACGAGUGUCGAAUCAAACAUCAUCAUUAUGGCCUCCUGCAUCCCAUCCUUGGGGGUCCGAUGUAUGAAAUGAUCCGAGGCAAACUGUUCCUGGAGUUCUUACAGGCGAUAUGA